AUGGUUAACAGUACGACUCAGUCAGCUAAGCUUCCGAGUUCAGCUACUAAUUCUGGAUCUACUAUCCCAGAUGAUCUCACUACAGCCCUCGAGUCGUUCACCCUCGACUCUGGAGACCCUGCUAUCACCACAACAGCUACACCUAUUGUCACAGAUCGUGGUCCCCCUGAUGAACUCACUCGGCUUCACCAAGAGAAUGAAUUACUCAAAACGAAGAUGGAAGGCCUAUCCGCCCUUCCCCGAUCUAUCUUGCCCUACGAUGAUUCCAUCACCCGUGAUCAUCACCAUUCUCACUCAUCUCGAGUUCCCGUUACUGCUGUCAACGCCAUGUUGAUGAUUGAUGCAGCUCAUUCACCUAAUAAUUGGGUCAUCGUCAACCAGAUCUUGAAUAUGAUCACUGCUACAUGCUUUUGCAAAUGGAACAGGCGCCAUGCUCCGUAUCCUAACAUCACCGACGGCGAAUGUACCCUUCAAUCUCAGUGGAAUCGUUGUCGUCCCUGCUGGUUGGGCCAGCCUCAUGAUACCAAGCCUCGAUCUCAGGAUGGCAACAAUGGCCGAGAUCUGCCCCCACUUCCUCCUCCUCCUGUAAAGGUGACUGUGCCUGAUGAAACCUGUCUUGACCCCCAGUUAUGGGCUAGCUUCAUCUUCCUUCAUGGCAUGGAAUGCCACAAUACUGGUGUAUCCGUCACGAUGACCGGAUCAGUCAACAUCCGUACCCUUGCAGGGUAUUUGUUAUUCCAAUCUAUUGUCCCCAGUGCUGCAACCCGAGUUAAUUGGCAUGGUUUCGCCAUUGUUCUUGCUAGUGUGCUUGUUCACCCGACACUGUACACAGACAUUUGCCGGGAUCAUCAUAUCUCCAUUGCAGACACGGAAAAGGUGUCCCCGUUCCUGCUCUCUCUUGUUGGCCAAGCCUCUCAGGCUGACAUCAUUACCCAUCUUGCUAAGUGCGGCAUCAAGUAUACCUCUAUCUGCUAUGUCCAACCCUACAGCCAUGAACUGCUGCUAUCCACAGCCCGACGCUUCAAGGGCCCCCUCUGUACCCAUGCCUAUGAAGCCCUUGAUAACUUUGCAUGUGGGGGUAAUCAGCUCUCUGGCAGUGAUAACUCCAGUUCUGAAGCCCUUCUUCCCGUGACCAGAGAUGCAGACAUACCUAUGACUGGAGAUGGCAAUGCUCCUGCAGCAGGUCCAUCUGAUUCUUCCUUGUCUAUUGCUCCUACCACUUCCACAUUAACUAAGGCUUCCAUCACGAUGACCCCAUCUUCAGGCUCGACCCCAAACGUUGAUGGUGAAGUUGAUAAGCUUGAUUCACCCGAUCAUGUUGAUAUCUUAGUGAUUGAGCCUGUACACCCAAUCUCCAGGGGGAGGGUUUCUUGGGUCAAUAAGCCCGUAAGAAAUGACUUUCCUAGUCUUCCUAAUCCUAACCCAUUCUCCCCUCAACACAAUGCGGUGUGCAAGGUUGUGACACUGAGGCUAUCUCGCUUCUUCUUGCUUCAAUACUUGGAAACCGCUGGCUCUAAAAUCAGUGCAAAGGCACUCCCUCUCAUCACAGAUUCCUUGAUAGAUGGAAACCAAGCCUUUGUUAUUCAGCUCUGCCUCAAUUGGGGCUGUGAUGUUGAAAGUUUCCAUGUCGAUAAAGCUAAUGAGGUUAUUAUUAGAUUGGUCCUCACUACAGAAGGCUUCAUUGUGAGGGCCUCACUGAGCAUGGCUGCUAGGGGCAAAAAUACUGGCCCUACGUUUCAAUGA